AAGUACAAAUUUGUCAACACCAAGUGUAAAUAUAAAUUUUAUUACAUUAUAUUAACUUUUAUGAUUAACUCUUAAACUAUAUCUUAAAUUAAAAGGUUUUAGAAAUUAGAGUUCAAUGAGAAUUAACUAAAUUUUUUUUGCGAACUUCAUUUUAUUCAACGUCAACAACAGCAGCUAAUAUAUAUUACAAAGAGUGUUAACAGAUGGAAUGGCGCCUCGUAUAAGUGCAUUCAAUAUAUUACAAGGAAGACUUCUCCUAACUGUGUUUAUUUUCAUACUAACAGCAUUUAUUAUUGUAUAUUGUAUACCAACACUGAAUGAAUCUUCUAAUCUAACAUUAAGUUUUUCCAGAUUUACAGACAAUCUGCAAACACUUUUACUGAAGCAAGUGAAAGAUCUCAAUGAUAAGGUUAUCAGACCUUUGGAAGAGAGAAUUAACAACUUAGAAAUAAAAAACAAAAAUAAAUAUGCAAGCGUGAAGUAUCUUGCAGAAAAAGAUCGCAAACGAAUUCUUAUAACUGGUGGGGCAGGAUUUGUAGGCUCCCAUCUUACAGACUCAUUAUUAUUAGCAGGACAUGAAGUAACUGUAGUUGAUAACUUUUUUACUGGUAGAAAAAGCAACAUAGAACACUGGAUUGGUCAUGAAAAUUUUGAACUAAUCAACCAUGACGUAGUGGAACCACUAUAUAUUGAAGUUGACCAAAUUUACCAUCUUGCAUCUCCAGCAUCUCCUCCUCAUUACAUGUAUAAUCCAAUAAAGACAAUCAAAACAAAUACAAUUGGUACAUUAAACAUGUUAGGACUGGCUAAAAGAGUUCGUGCUCGAUUACUCUUAGCAUCAACUUCAGAAGUAUAUGGAGAUCCUGAAAUGCAUCCUCAACCUGAAUCUUAUUGGGGUCAUGUAAAUCCUAUUGGUCCAAGAGCCUGUUAUGAUGAAGGAAAGCGAGUUGCAGAAACUAUGUGUUAUGCAUAUGCUAGACAAGAGCGGGUUGAAGUGAGGGUUGCAAGAAUAUUUAAUACAUACGGUCCUAGAAUGCAAAUGGCUGAUGGACGUGUAGUGAGUAACUUUAUAUUACAAGCUCUUCAGAAUGAAUCAUUAACAGUAUAUGGUGAUGGAGAGCAAACUCGAUCUUUUCAAUAUAUAAGUGAUCUCGUAAAUGGGUUAAUAAAACUUAUGAAUGGGAACAUUUCUCAGCCGGUUAAUAUUGGAAAUCCAGAGGAGCAUUCAAUAAAUCACUUUGCUAAGAUUAUAAAAGAACAAACAAACAGUAGCUCAAAGAUAGUGUAUAUGGAUGGUCAAGAAGAUGACCCUCAACGUCGACGCCCUGAUAUUGAACGUGCAGAAAAAGAGUUAGGUUGGAAGCCAGAGGUCCCACUAAUAGUUGGCUUAAGGAAUACUAUUGACUAUUUUCGAAAAGAACUUUUGAGAAGUGAUUCUACUAAAGAUUUGUAAUUUUAAAAACUCUAUAGUUCUCCAACAGGAUGAUUGUGGCAAAUGUGAAAAGAGAUUUCAACUGAAAAUUUACAGUAAUAAAAACGAAAUUUUUUCAA